AUGAAGAGCAAUAUUGUUAACGUUACGAAGCUUUCUCGAGCGCUUUGCAAAGAGGAAAAGGUUGAAGAGCCAGAACAAGCCCCUAAAUAUCGAGAUAGAGCCAAGGAGCGUAGAGAAGAUCAGAAUCCUGAUUAUGAACCUUCUGAAUUGGGUUCUUUUCAUGCCGUUGCUCCUCCUGGAAACGUAGACAUCACUCUUGCAGCCCAUAGGAUUUCCAUUGAGUAUCUUGGAGGUGACGUCGAACACACACAUUUGGUUAAAGGCCUGGACUAUGCUUUGCUCCACAAGGUCAGAAGUGAAAUAGACAAGAAACCAGAGAUUGAACAAGACGCUACUGAUGGCCAUCCCAGGUAAGCACCUAAGGAAGACCAUCCGGUAUCCUUCCGCACUGGAAAUGCAAAGGCUGUGUAUCAGUGGAUAGUCAAGCCUCAGACUGCUGUCAAGCCAUAUGAUAUGUUCCUUCUUGGAAGAAUGGCUUUCAUUUUUUGACAGGAGAGUGGGUUUUCUCAUGAUAUUCCGACCACUGUCCACAGAAGUAAAGCUGACUGCCCAGAGCCAGAGGAAAUGGUUACUGUCAGUGUUGAUGGCGCUGUGCUUGAUCGGAUUGGGAAAAUUAUGUCUUACCUCCGUCUUGGUUCAUCUGGGAAGAUUCUUAAGAAGAAAAAAGACAAGGAUGGUAAAGGCCAAGCUUACUUAUCACAACAUCGAUUUCACGAAAUUAGUAAAAUAACGUUAAAAUUAGUGCACUUUCACUUCAUAUCAGAGAAUUAUUCGGAAUGCUAUCCAGGUUUACAAGAAUAUAACCGUGAGGUUGUGGAUAGUGAUGAUGAAGAUGAUUUGUCCAAAAUGGAUAUGGGUGGACGAGCAAAGCGGCGGCUUCAUAGGUGGGACUUUGAGAUAGAAAAGGAGUGGGCAACGUGCAAUGAGCAGAAGGAAGCAAUGCCGAAAGCUGCGUUUCAGUUUGGUGUGAAGAUGCAAGAUGGGCGCAAGACGAGAAAGCAGAAUAAAGACCAAAAAAUUACUAACGAACUCCACAAGAUACUCGCCAAAAAGAAUAUGCAAAAAGAUGAUGGCAGUGGUGAUGAUGAAUCUCAUCCUAGAAAGAAGCAAAGGGUUUAAGCCCUUAAACGCAUAUUAUGCACUGCUUAUCUUAUUACAUGUCAGUAUUUAAGCAUUAAACUACUGCUUCUACAUGGUUAAACUUGCUAUCUUCUUUGUCAUGUGAUGGUUUUAGUUACUA